AUGAAUAGAUACCUGUGUAUCCUUGAUUUUUUGUACAAAAUACCUGCCAUAAAGCUGGCGGCGAGGGCACAGACGGGACGGUGGGUCAGGUGGGACGAGGCGACCGACGCGCAUCGCGUCUACUGGCCCGAUCGCCGCAUCGUCACGGUUGAGCACAGCGUGCGCUUCAAGCCGGACAACAACGACGUCGAGGUGGAGCUCGAGGGGGAGCAAGAUCAGCAAACCGAGGGACAACAAGAAGAAAUGCACCUGAAAAACGGCGAGCUCGUCCCUACGACGUCCCCCGUCGGCGCUGAUGCCGACCCCACUACUCCUGUUGGCACUGAUGCCGACCCCACCACUCCUUCCGCUGAAGGCUUGUCGCGCGAUCCGGCGGACGUGACGCGCGAUCCUGUCGCUACAAGUGGUCGACCGCGACAUGUCCGAAAGGAGUCGGACUACGUCAGGAGGUUGAGGAGUGGCGAAGGAAGCACGGAUGGGCGAGGACGGACCACGCUGCCAAGAGGAAUGUCGAGCGCGACAUUGUAG